UGCUACAACGACAAAAGCAACAAACUGCAUGCAAACACCACCCAAAGCCACAGCCAGAGCCAAAUCCAGCGCCAGAGACCAUAAGGGACCAGUGAGCAUAGUGAACCGAUUUUAUUUCAUGCGGAGCCAGCCAGCGAACGGGCGCGUACGAACGCACACAGAGAAGGCUAGAAAGCGCGGUCGGCCGCAAGUUUUAUUUGUUAUUACUCAGUAAUUGUUAAAAUAUCGCCACCGCAACAACAAGCCCGUAUUCAGCAGAGGUCUAUACGCAUACAGGCAUUUGGAGCUACCCAGAAACAGCUCCCAUAAUGACUAAUAAAGCACUUUAAAGCACUUCAAUGGCCGCAAUGAAUAAUGCUUUUAAUUAUUUUCUUGUAUUUCUGUAGAAAGCUUCAAGGAAUUCUAUCUCUCUCAUUGGAAUCUGAAGACUACUAGAACGGGAGGCCCAACUGGCUUCCGGAAAGCUGGCGCGCAGAUCAGCUACAAAGAGACAAUUCUCCGAAGAACUAGUUUGAAUUCUACAAAAACAAUUGCAAAAUGGCUACUAUAGCGGCAUUGCCAACGGCGACGUUGCGGCGCAAUAGCAAUAAAAACAACAGCAACAAGGGGGCCAAAUCGCGACGGAAUGAACGAAAUAUCCUUACGUUUUACGAAAAGAUUGCCGUGAUCCGGUACUACGACGAGACCAACAUCUCGAGGAAUAGUUUGGCCAAAAUGUUCCACUGCUGUGCCACCCAAAUCAGACGCAUCCUGGACAAGAAGAAGGAACUGCUCCAACAACUGGCUACUCUGAGUGAAGCGGAUGCCUCCAUAAUAAUCGAGGAGAUGACCCGGAAGCGUAGAAAGUUUGAAAUGAGCGCCAUAAGCUUCCUUUUGAGGGAGUGGGUGGAGAGAUGCAGGCAGCUACAUCUGAAUAUCAGUAUCACGAACCAGAAGCUCAAGGAUACUGCUCUGAGAAUGGCUGCCAUAUUGAACCUCCCGUCCUUCCGACCCUCCUAUCGCUGGCUGAACCGAUUCCGUGGAAAGUAUAAAUACGAAGGCGAUGAACUGGGUUACCAGGGAGAGAGUCCUGUCAACCAGGACCUGCCCGUGGAGGAGAUCAUAGUGGAGUUUAAGAACGCGUUGCCCAACUUUAUGCAAAGGGAAUUGUCAGACACACCUGAGGGGGUCAACGUUGCCGACUUGGUGAAUCUCUCCAGUGAGAACAGCUUGAUGUCAGAUCACCAGGACGAAGAGGAUGAAGUUGUGGAAGUGGUUACUUGUGAACCCAGUGUCUUACCUUCCCCACCUACUUCUUCGGAGAAAGGGGAAGAGGAACUUUUCCUGAAAGAGGAGGACCUUCCGUCCGAGGAUCAAAUGAACGCGGGGACCAGCACCCUGCUGAAUGGAGUCUUUCCCCACCUGGCCAUCAUCCACCAGUUUGCACUGAUGAACUCGGACAUCCAGGCCCUGGAGCUGAUCUCCCAGCUGGGGGUGCACAUGCAACAGCAGGCCAUGUCCGGGGCCUAUGGAAAGCUGUCGCUGGCGACGGAAAGUGAAGGUGGCCCUACCACUCUGCCGGAACUUCCUCCGGGGAGCAUUUAUGCAGACAUAGACGAUAUAGAGUUGAUAGAGUAGAGGAAUAUCUAAAG